AAGUGUGACCAUUUGAGAUACAUCUGCAGACACGUAUUUAGAUGUUUUUUAAUUAAAAAUUAAAUAGAGCUUGAACCAGGAAGCGCAGGCAGUUGAUUAUAAGCGCAACCGGGCCUCGAAAUGUUUGCCAACCUGAAAAAUAAGCUAAUCGAGGAGGUGAAGGCGUCGCCGUCGAAAUUUCAGCAAUUUGCGAAUGCUGCACAGGCCGCCGUGAGCUCAUCGUCGAGCACAACACCCAAUUCGGACACGAACACCAGCAACACCGAGAACUUCUUCAGCAUCACGGAAGAGGACACGCCUCAGAACUCGCCUUAUCGCAUCCAGAAACUGCCGGCCACAAGUGCAUCUUCGCUGCGAGGACGCUCCACCCAAUCCCUGAAUGGCGCCACCUCCAGGACCCGCAAGCUGUCCAAUUCGUCUAUGGCCAGCGAUGUGUCCUUUCGCCUGCCCACCUACGAAGCGCCCGCCGUGUACCACUUGCAAUCGGAUCUGGACGAGACGAGCAGCGAGUUCGACGACUCCGCCUCGACGGCCCGCCUGGAUGUGAUCACCAAGGAUCAGCUGUACGAUGCGUAUAAGAAGUCGCUGGAUCGCUAUCACAAGUACCGCUGCCGCUACACGGAUCUGGCCAAAAAGUACAAGGAACUGGAGCGCGACAGCUCAAAGGCGAGGUCGGUGCUGGUGGAGACGCAAGACAAGGCGCUGCGCCGCAUAAGCGAGCUGAGGGAGCAGUGCACGCUGGAGCAGCAAGCCAAAGCGCAUCUGGAGGAGGCGCUACGCAUCGAAAUGGACGACAUGAGCUGCAAGAUGCAGGCGUAUCAGACGAAGCUCCAGCUGCUGGGCGAAAAUCCGGACAAUAUUACGGCGGCUCUGGAGCGGAGCGGCCAUUCACUGGACACGGAGCAGCUAAUCGACCUAGAUGAGGCGGCAGGCAAGACGUCACUGCCCGCAAAUGGUGGUUCCGGUGAGGAUGUGUCUCAUCUCGAGCGAUUACUCAAAGAGCGAGAAGCGCAACUUAAGGAAGUGACGGAAAAGUACGAAGCUCUUCGAAAGCAGGAGGAGGAGAAUGUUCUGCUGCUGGCCCAGACAAAGCAGGCCAUCCACACGGAAUUGGAGCACAAAGACACCGAGGUGCGUCAGCUUCAGGAGAAGCUCAAACAUUUGGAGGCUCAGCGAGAAUCCCACAACAAGGAGACUAAGGAACAGUUGAGAAAACUGCAGGCCACUAAGCAGGAAGUUGAUGCCAAGCUUAUUGCUACAGAGCACUUGCUGAACUCCCUGAAAGGAGACUAUGCCUCAAAGGAGCAACAGGUGGCUGCCCUCGAGAAGCAACUGGAAACCAUCAAAACUGACAACGAGCAAAAACUGAAUGACCUGCAACAACAGAACGAAGAUCGCGACAACCAAGCUAGCGAUUCGAACGAACAGCUGAUAAAACUGCAAUUAGCCAAAAAGGAAGCCGAAUCGCAACUUCUGAGCAAAGAGCAACUUUUGGAAUCUCUCAGAAGCGAACACUCAGCCAAGGAUCAACGGUUGAAAGAUCUUGAACAGCAGUUGGAUGUUCUGAAAAAGGAAAACGAAAAUAACUUGAACGAACUUCGACAAAGCAAAGAAGCUAGCAAGUCUCAAACUAAUGAAGCACACGAACAGCAAAGGAAACUACAAGCAGCCAAGGAGGAAGCUGAAUCUAAGCUAUUGACCACAGAAGAACUUUUAAAUAAGCUCGAGAACGAGCACAAGGCAAAGGAAGAACAGCUGGCUAAAUUGGAGGAAAAUCUGAAAACUCUUAAAGAGGAAAACGAAUUGAAUUUAAUAAAAUUGCGUCAGGUCAACGAACAUCGCGAGUCUCAAGGGUCUGAAGCCCAGGAAAAGCUAGUUAUUCUGCAAGCAGCUAAGGAUGAAGCCGAAGCCAAACUCCUCUCCACGGAACUCAGUUUGAACGCCCUUCAGGCCGCACUCUCGGCCAAGGAAGAGCAAGUUUUAUCCUUGGAGGAACAUUUAAAUGCCCUUAAGACCGAAAGCGAGCACAGUUUGCAGGACCUGCGACUGCAAAACGAUCAGUUGCUCGAGAUUGUACAGCGCCACCAGCAAAACGACUGGGAGACUCAACUUGGUCAGGCCAGGGAAGAGUUAAUAACUCUUCAAUCGCAGCGAGAGCAGCAUGCUCUUGAGCUUGAAAAAAGCCUGGAAAUGGAACGGGAAUCGGUGGCCGCUUUGAGCUCCGAGAAAUCCUCUUUGGAGGAACAGCAUAGGCUCAAGCUGGAGCAGCUGCAGCGUGAGAUUCAAAUCCUGCAGGACCAGCACGCCAACACGGAGAGCGAGACUGUGGCAGCUCUGAAAGCCCAGUUGGAGGCACUUAGCCAGGACUUGGCCACCAGUCGGACCAGUCUGCUGGCCAAGGAAAAGGAACUGAAAGCCAGUGGCAACAAGUUGAACAAGAUGAAGAAGCAACACGAGCAGCAGCAGGCAAAGACAAGCGAACAAAUUGCCCGUUUGGAGACACUGCAAAGUGAGUUGGCCGAUCGACAGAAUCACGCCCGGCAGGUGGAGAGCGAGAAGGAGGAGUUGCAGGCACGCGUCACCGGAAUUCUGGAGGAGAUCGGCACCAUGCAGGCGCAAAUGCAGCAGGUACAGGACUCGCACAGCGAACUGGAACGCGAAAAGCGCAAGCUAGAGUCCCGCAUCGAGUCACUGCAGCAGGAGCAGGUGGACAGCAGUGCCCAAGAUGAGCGGACGGCCGCCAAGCUGGAAGAAAUCCAGAGCGAAAACACCAAGCUGGCUGAGCGCAACUGCCUGCUGGAGGAGCAAACCAACCACCUGGAGUCCCAGCUGCAAGCCAAACAAGAUGAGAUGGGCAAGAUUCAGGUGAAAUUGCAACAGGUCCUCGACGAGCACUCGAAGCUCCAAAACGCCCAAGAGCUAAUGGACCACGACCACCGUACGCUACAGGACAAGUGCGACGCCUACGAGAAGGACAAGCUGCUAACCAAGGACACGUUGGACUGCAUCCAGGUGGCCAGUGAUGAGCUGCACCUGGCCAAGGCCAGUUUAGAGCGGGAUCUGGAGGAACAGCAACAGCAACUGUUGGAGCUGAGAGAACGACAGCGGGAACAGGAACAGCAGUUGCGGGACCAGGCCGAUCGAUGCGCCGAACUGGAGGCCCAGAACUCCCAGAGCGAGUCCCAGCUGCAGGCCACGAUAAGCAAUCUUCGCGAGCAACUUGAUUUCCAAAGGCAGUCAGAACAGGGCAUUCAGGAGAAGAUCCAGGCCACCAAUGACUCCUAUGCCGCGCAGAUUGCCACCCUGGAAGCGCGCUGGAGUGCCGCCAACUCUGAUCUGGAGCGUCUUCAUGAAGCCAACGAUGCCCUGCAACUGGAAAUGGAUCAGCUAAAGAUCAAGCACAGCCAGGAACGGGAGGAGGUAAAGGAGUCGGUGGCCCAGAAAAAUCGGCAGGUGGUGGAGCUGCAAGAAGCCAUGGCUAUUAGGGAUAGUCAGCUUAAGGACAAGCUAGAUGCCUCCGACAAGUUGGCCAAAUUCGAUGAGAUUCAAAUAGAGAACGAGUAUCUGAAUAAGCACACCAAACAAUUGGAGAAGGAGCUGGCUGAGGCCGCGGAACUUAAAGAGAAACUCAAGUCUCUGCAAUGCGAAUUGUAUGUGCUCCAGGAGAAGGCCGAACAGCAUGCCGUCCAAAUGGCCGAUAAGGAAACGCAAAGUGCGGCAGCAACGGCAGAAGUCUCUGAACUGAAAAAAGCCAUCGAGGAGCAGGCAGUCGAGCUAACUCGCCAGAAGGAGCACGCCAGCUUUGUCACCGAGCAGAGUGACGCUGUCCAAAAGGAUCUGCUCCUCGCGCAGCAGCAACUCCAGGACAAGCAAAUCGAACUUACGAAGUGCCAAGAAGAACAGAGCACUUUGCGGGCGACGGUGGAAAGCCUCAACCAAGAGGUGGACAGUCUUAAGGACUGGUCCGCGCCAUCGGAUUCCGACAGCCUGCGCAGCCUUAACGAGCGGCUGCAGCGGGAACUGGAGGAACUGAAGCACAAGAGCGACGGCGCGGAGUCCAAUAUGCAGCAGGAGAUCGAGGAGUUGCAGGCGAACAACCAGCAGAUGGCCGAGCGCAUCAACGAACUGGAAACCCUGCGGGCGGGCAUUCAGGCCCAGCAGCUCCUCGCCAGCAUGGCACCCAAAAACGUUCAGGAGGCAGCCGCUGCCGGGGAAAAGGCGGAGCUGGAGGCCAAGCUAAAGGAGAUUAUGAACGAGGUGCAGGACGUCACCAAUCGGAAUCUGUUCCUGGAGCAAAAAUGCGAGAACUACCUGAUACUCGAACAGUCCAACGAACGGCUAAAGCUGCAAAAUGCCAAACUUUCGAGGCAACUGGAUGAAACACUGGUAUCCAUGCAGCACAGCGAGGCUGUUCCGGCUAAUACGGAGUUCGAGUACUUGCGCAACAUCAUGUUCCAGUACCUCACUGGCAACACAAACAAUGAGACCCUGGUCAAGGUGAUAUCGGCGGUGCUUAAAUUCUCGCCGCAGCAGGCCCAAGUUGCCCUGGAAAAGGAGCAUCAGCGCCGAUCGCUGCUGAACAAGCUAAUCUAGCAUGAACUGAAUGCUUUCUACGACGGAGACUGGAACUGGGAGCCCUGCCCGGCGACGCUGCUAGACCUCAAAUGAAGUCGCGAUGAUUGGCCCGAGAUCACAAGUACCUUAUACCUCACCUCCGGCACAUGGGAUGGAUGGUUCCGGCUGACUCUGCAGGCAUUUCGAGUUGUGGGAGCUGCUGAUGUGUGUUUACCCUCAUACUAUUAUAGAUGUUAUUGUACAGUCCUUACACUUAUUAACUUUAGCUACUUCUGUCCAAAUUCAUGCUAAGCACUUUUGUACAUUUUGAUUACGCUUUCCUUUGUUUCCGGCAUUAGUUUGCCAGUGAUCCAUAUCCCAUAUUACCCACUUAACCCCAAAAUCUAACCUAAGUGCAAUCGUUUUGUGUAUUUUAGUUAUAAGUUGAAAUUUGAAAAGAUCCGCAGCGCAGUUGGCAUUUAGUUUAAUUCAAAUUCUAUACAAUUA